AUGUUUGAGAAGCGUUCCACUCCAAAGAUGAGCAAACUGAAGGAGGUUCCCAGCCCCGAGUCGGGGGUGAUCGUCAAAACAGCCAAAGACGGGUGCGCCGAGGGCCUGGUGUACGGGGGAGGAGGGAGAGACGGUAUCUUCAUUAAAGGAGUGGUGCCCGAAUCUCCGGCGUCCAAAAGUCUCAAGCUGAAGGAAGGUGAUCAGAUCCUGAGCGCCACGGUGUAUUUCGACAACGUGUCGUAUGAGGACGCCAUUCAGAUUCUGGAGCACGCUCAGGCUUACAAAAUGAAGCUUUGCUUGAAGCGCAAACCAGACAUCUCGCAGACCGAAGCGCCCGACGAAUCGGAUGCGAUCCCUGAGGAGGACAUCUAUGCUCCAGAGAUGAGGGAACAGGGAAAGACCAAAAGACGUGGGGACGCCCGCAUUUCCUGGCCAAAGUUUCCCUCCUUCGGAAAAGGAAGGAAAAAGAAUUUCACGAGGUCUCACAGCUCCUCAGAGGCCGAUGAGCAGAGGAAGCUCGAGCUUAGCCCAACCACAAGUGACACAGAGUCACCAAUCAAAUCUCAGGAUGCGCUCAAAGGCAAGAAGAAGAACAAAAUGAAGCUCUCUGUCCUGACGAAAAGGGGUCGCAUCAGCUCAUCCGAAGACCAGGAGACAGUGACCACGGGCCAGAUCAGCAGCGACAUUCAGCAGACACAAGAAUCAGAUCUGCUUUCACCUGAGUGCCUUGAAAGCCCCUCAGCAGACGGCCCACAAGUCUACACGGGAAUGGAGGAUAAAUCUGCAAAGACCAAAGUCAAAGGAAUGAAGGAAUCUAAGAGACACCAUGAAGAAACUGUGCAGAUGUCGAUUGAUGUUGACAGCGUGAAAGAGGCUGUUUCCAAGCUGCCCGGAUACAAGCUGCCCAAGGUCGACACGUCUGGGAUGCCCAUCCCCGAGGAAAUCACUACUGAUAUGGAGGAAAAAGACAUUUCACUUCCAGAUGUAAAGAUGAAGAUGCCAGACACAGAAGUCAAACUAAAAGGGCCUGAGUUUGACUUGGGCUUGUCAAAAGGGAAAGUAGACGUCAAAAUACCAGAAAGUCAAGUCAAACUUCCCGAGGUGGAUCCUGGAAAAAUAGAUGUUUCGCUAUCUAAUGCCACAAUAGAGGUGAAAAAACCUGACAUGGAAACACGGCCACUGGAAACAGAAGGUCAACAAGGAGGCAAGUUCAAAAUGCCAAACUUUGACAUAAAAAUGCCAAAAAUUAAAGGUCCAGAAAUCGACUUGAGCCUGUCAAGAAAAGAUGCAGGAGUCAAAACUCCACAAAUUGAUCUCACUGUGGGAAAAGUUGAGGUUGAAGAACAAGACAGCAAGUUGAAAAUGCCAAAAUUUGGAGUGUCGAUGCCGAAAGUCAAAGGACCUGAAAUUCAUCUGGGUCUCUCCAAUAAGGAUGCAGAAGUAACAGCCCCAGAGGUUAAAGCAGAUGUUGAACUUAAAGCACCUUCUGCAAAAAUAGAAAUGAAAGCUCCUCAGGUCGACGUCGCAGCUGACAACACUGUCAGAUCAUCCACACAGUUUACAAUGCCAAAUAUAAGUUUCUCAAUACCUAAAGUCACAGGGCCUGAUAUACACUUCGGGUUACCAAAGAAAGAUGCUGAUGUCAAAUUACCAGCAGUGAAAGCAGAGGUAAAACUCCCAGAGGCACCUGAGACCGAUGUUAAACUUGGAAGUGUUGAUGUUUCACUCCCAGAAGCAAAGAUGAAAUUAGAAAAGCCUGAACUGGAAAUCAAACCUCCAGAAAUCGAAGAUGUUGAUGUGACGCUACCAGAGGUGAAAGGUGAGAUCAAACUACCUGAAGUGAAGAAACCCUCUGCUGAGGUGGAAAUUAAAGCUCCGGAGAUUAAAGUUGGCACAAAAGAUACAAAAGGAUCCCCGUUGAAAUUUAAGAUGCCAGCGUUCAAAUUACCAAAGUUUGGAGUUGGUGUCCCGGCACCUGAUGUGGAUGUUAAAAUUCCCGAGGAGAUCCUGACAUCUCUUGAUGUUAAAAUGACAGGAAUUAAAGUUGAGGGAAAGGAAAGCAAGUUCAAAGUUCCAAAAUUUGGAAUUUCAUUACCAAAAGUUCAAGGACCUGAGAUCGACUUCAACUUAUCACAAAGAGACGCGAAGCUUCCUGAGGGUGAAGUUGACAUUAAUCUCCCAAAAGCCCCUGGAAUGGAUAUUGAUCUGGGAAAGGUAGAUGUUUCAAUUCCAGAAGCAGAGUUUGAGCUCAAACAACCUGAACUGGAAAUGAAACCUCUGGAAAUCGAAGGUGAAGUCGAAGGAAGAAAAUUCAAGUUGCCAAAGUUCGGAAUCAAGAUGCCAGAAAUCAAGGGCCCUAAAUUCGAUCUAAGUAUGUCAAAGAAAGAGGUCACAUUACCAGAAGCUGAGGUCAAACUCCCAGAGGCACCAGAGGUUGAUGUUAAACUUGGAAGUGUUGAUGUUUCACUCCCAGAAGCAAAGAUGAAAUUAGAAAAGCCUGAACUAGAAAUCAAACCUUUGAAGACCGAAGUUGAACUCGGAGGACAAGGAACCAAGUUCAAAAUGCCGAAGCUGGGUGUCACAAUGCCCAAAAUGAAAGGGCCUGAUGUUGAUUUGAACUUGUCAAAGAAAGACAUAGAGGUGACGUUACCCGAAGCAGAAAUGUGA